AUGGAAUGUGAGCCUUGGGUUCGUGCUUUGAGAGGGCGCAGAGUGCGAGUCUUUGAAAUGAGAUGUGCGCAGGGCACGAUAUCAAAUGGAGAGGGACAAGGUCGCAAGGUGGCAGAGGAAAAUGAGGGAUUCGCAAGGACAGGGGUGCUUGCGAAAUGGGGAUUUCAGGGCUCAAGGGAACACAAGUCUCCGGUGGAGAAGCCACCUCCAGAACACAAGUCACCCACUAAACCUCCCAAGGGAGAGAAACCACUCCUAGAACACAAGCCACCAACCCCAAUUGGUAAACCUCCCAAGGGAGAGAAACAACUUCCUGAACACAAGCCACCAACCCCAGUUGGCAAGCCACCUAAGGGAGAGAAGCCACCACAUUAUGGUCACAACCCUGGUCACCCUCCUGUCGAGAGUAAAGAAGACUCGUACAAGCCGCCUCAUAAGAUUGAGCCUCCUUCAGCUCCGAAAAAGCCACAAGCUCCUGAAAAGAAGCCACCAACUCCGCCCCACAAGCCACCGCACAAACCUCCAUCUCCCUCCCAUCCCAACUGAGUGACUUUGGUUAGCAUAAUUAGCAUGUAAAAUAAGAGCUGCCGUGCACUGGUCUUAUCCUUUUCUACGAGUUAAUUGCGUCCAUGUAGCAGUCACCACUACAUCUUGUUGGGAAAUGUACCUUUCUUGUAGGCGACGAUCACUAUGACGUUGUUUAUUCUCUUAUAUAAAGAAUAUUGAGAGUUAUCAA